AUGUCCCGAAUUCCGGAGGGGGGCCUCGCUUGCAACUCAUGUCGAAGGCGCAAGCUUCGCUGCUCGAGAGAAGCUCCCAGCUGCCAGCAUUGUCGCAAGACCGGAAGCGAUUGCGUCUAUGAAGCGAAGAGGGGAAAGCCAGGAAUGAAGACUGGAGCAAUAGAGAAUCUCCAUAGAAGACUCGGUAAGCAUUUUGAUAUCCUCCUGUACACCCUAGAAAGGUCUGUUGCGAGACAGCAGACUUCGCUUGAUUGCCUCCAAGCGGAAGCAGAAGCGCCCCGCCAACAGGCCCAGGAUCCAAGCACUCGUAGUAUUUUAUCGUUACUUGCUACCGAACUUCAGAAGUUCAAUGCCACGCCGUCUUCUCCUGCGCAAUCCACCCCUCGACGGGAACAAAAUGGAGCUUCAGCGAAGAGACGCAGGCUCAAUGACGAUCGAGCCUGUGAACAACGUAUUCUUGUCAACGACAUCUCCCAUUCAGCCGACGAAAGAGAGUUGGAAGAGGCACUUAAGUCAUACUUCAAUCAUGUGCAUCCCUGGAUCCCAAUAAUUCACGAAGGUCGCUUCCGAAGACGGUUGGACGAUGACGAGGAACGGGGCAAGCUACAUCUUGUCCUGAAAUCGAUGAUACUUGUCGCCUCGAGAUAUAUUGAAGACGAAGAGAUAUCCAACUCUCUUCUACGGUCAGCAGAAGAUUCAGAGAACUACCGAGACUGGGUAGUAUCGAAAGCUAUGAAGCAUCUCUCGGUGGAAAAUUUACAAGCACUCCUCAUCAUUGCCUUCAAUGAUGCGUCUCAAGCUUGGCCAUUGGUUGGAUCGCUUACCCGUAUGGCCGAGUACCUUCAACUCACAGUAGAGCACGACGAAGCUGAGCGGCCGUCCUUCUCACAACCCUACAAGUCCUUAUCCCCAGCGAAGGACUGGACAGAAGCUGAGGAACGACGAAGGGUGUUCUGGAACGUCUUUUCCCUUGACCGUUUCUGCUCUGUGAGUAUGGGUUGGAAUACGAGUCUCACUUCGGACGAUGUCAAUCGUCGCCUGCCUUGUGAUGGAAUCACUUGGCGCAAGGAAACUCCCGUGACCACACCAUACUUUGGCAUCUGGGAUAAGUCAGCCGGCCGCAUUGGAAACCCCAUUGGCUUUUUCCCAACACAUCCUGUUCCACUGCAGGCAACUGGCGAGGACGAAGGGCAGACUCCUUCCGAGGCGGGCACGUCACCGGACGUCGUGGGGACGCAUGUUGACAUGUCAACCAUUGGAGCUUUCGCUUAUUGCAUCGAGGCAACCGAGUCCUUAAGCCGUGUGACAAGUUACUUUUUACAACAGAAGGUCAAUAUCAGAGACCAGAAAGACCUCAGCGAUUGGCUCACUCGAUUUAAGGAGCUUGACCUCCGCCUUGUUCACUGGAAAAUGCUCCUCCCGCAGAAAUGGAAAGUCAAUACCGCACAAGACUCGCCAUCACGGAUGGACCCCAACCUAACUCUUGCACACGUUAUACACAACGCAUCUAUGAUCCUUCUCCACCAACCAAUUGCAUUUCCCCCUCCAGACUGGCCUUUCAAGACUCGCUUGCCAAGCCUCUGCAGCAUUGACACUUGUCAGGCUGCCGCGAUCGAGAUUGCAACCAUUACAGACCGUUAUCUAAACCACGCUCCUUCGAAAUCCAUACUGAGCAGCCAAUUUUCAUUCUGCGUUUACAUUGCUGCCCGGGUGCUUCUUUUGCAUUGGCGAAACGGCUCCGUGGUGGGCCUCACAGCCGAGUUUUGGCUCCUGGUUGAGAGCCUCAAAGCCAUGUCGAGACGGUGGGCAGGAACCCACGACGCCCAAUGCCUCCAAAACAAUCUGGCUGCGAAAUACGCUUCAUUCCUGAUUGAGCUACACUCUCGAUGCGCCCAGGAUGAGUCGUUUUCCAUUAAUGUGCCUGGUUAUACGACAGAGGUAAAGCAUUCAAAUACGAACUCGCAGUCGCCGAUUGGGAAUCCCAACAAUUCGCGAACGAGCACUCAGCAGGUCAUGUUUGCACCUCAAAGCAUAGCGACUACGAUGACGCCCAGCUCGUAUCCAGUUCAGAUCACAGCUCCCAUGCAAUCGAAUAAUAUUCCCAACCUGAUUCAGCCUGACUCAUAUCACAGAGGCAGUGUGAGUACCGGCGACUUGACGGCAAUAUCGCAAAUGUUGCUUGAUCAACAAUUUGCAGAUAUGGAUCGAAUCAUUAGUUAUGAUGAUGGGAUGUUUGUGGCAGAAUAUGAGGGAGGAGGUUGGUGA